GCAUUAGUUGACAUAUGUGGUUUUGCUUUGCAUGCGGUUAAGUCCCUGAAUAAAGCCUCAGUGGGGACAUCUGGAUAAGCGGGCACGGCCACCUCCGUCAGUCUUCAAUUGUUUUUCCAUCAGCCAUCACAAGCAACUUUCGGCCCGCGGCUUGCUGGCUAUUUGCCAACUCUCACGAAAUCCCUAUGGAACUUCCACCAAAAAAACCAUCCAUUCUCAUCUAAUCGGUUCCGCGACUCCCCUCAAUGGAAAAUGGUGGCGCCAGCCCGCCAACUACCAGCAGCAACAACAGCAGCACGGAACUAGAGCCCGAUAGUCAACCCCCUCUCACAGGGAGAGUGCGCGCUGGCAGCGCGAGCAGCGGCCACAAACGUACACUGUCCGGAACGUUGUUAUCGAAGCUCUCCUUCCUGCGCAUGAGCCAAGCUUCAGAACAUGAUCCCGGAUCGCUAUCCCCUAAACACCGCUGGGCGAACAACACCCGACUCCAUCAAGACGAGAAUGACGAGAUUGAUAACGUUGGUGUCGACGGUGGAGGAGGAGGGGCACGAGCGAGUUCGGGACGCGCAAUGGCAACGGUUAUGCAACAGAGAAAAAUGCGACGGCGAAGGGGCUCAUUACGAAAGACCGCCUUGUUAGGAACACGCCUAGAAUUGAAGGAAAAGCGGAACAAUUCCAGUUCUGCAAGGAGUGAAGAUGCGUAUGGUAGUCACAAUAAUGCUCUCGACGCUGGAAAUACCACGCCAAAAACAUCGCUUUUCAAACCUACGAUCACGGCGGAUGACGAAGUCACACCGAGGGUGAGCAUAGAGAAUACCCAGACUCCGACGCCAGCUUCGUACUGGCCGCGGUCUUUGAUGAUGAUGAGGGGUGCUUCGUUGACUACUUCUACUCACCAACAAAACUACAAACCUACUGCGCGCCGUAGUCUGGUCAGCGAUACUACUGAUGAUGAGGACGAUAUAUCGAUACCCCGGUUCAACAACGAGUCGGCUGCGACGGCCAAUUUACGCCCCUCAUCAGUGAGCAGUAGCGGCAGCGGCCUUCCAGCACCCAUCGCAACCCCUUCCUCCAGCUCCGAAUCCUAUUUCGCCAUCCUUCGCCAGCCAGCCGCCACUGCCGCCGACUCAAUGGCACUCCAAAUGGCUCGCAACUCGUCCCAUCGCGCCAGGUCGCCACUGGCCACGCAUUCAUCGAUCGAAAUAGCAAACCAUCAUACAGGCGUCGACGGUGGAUGGGACUAUUCGGAAACCGAAUGGUGGGGGUGGAUUAUUCUGAUCGUCACUUGGCUGGUUUUUGUCGUGGGGAUAGGUAGUUCCUUUGGCGUAUGGAGUUGGGCAUGGGAUGUUGGCGAAACUCCAUAUGCACCACCGGAACUAGAAGAUGACCCCACUCUGCCUAUCGUAGGAUACUACCCUGCUUUGAUGGUGCUCACUGCUGUCAUGGCGUGGGUGUGGGUUGUUGUUGCCUGGGUGGGAAUGAAGUAUUUCAAACAUGCCAACAUAUCAGGCGACGAUGGAUGACAGCUAUCUAACCCUGAAUUGUCGGGAAUGCGCAAUCCUUGUUUUAUUUUCAGAUCAUGAGUAGAAGCGUUGCUAG